GUACGGUAGCCGCGUGGUAUCACGUGACAUCACACGCGGAAGAAUUUACGACAUCGAGAAACCCAUGUGUCAAAGUCUGAUAUAAUUGCCCCAGUUUGUGUUUUGCAGCUGGGUUGGUGAGAUGGCAUCGAAACUAAUGAAAGCCAUCCGUGUGUCCGAGUUUGGAGCUCCAUCGGUUCUGAAGUUCUGCUCGGAUUUCCCGGUUCCUGCUCCAGGAGCCAAACAGGUGCUGAUUCGAGUGCACGCGUGCGGAGUGAACCCUGUGGAGACGUACAUCCGAGCCGGUGUCUACGCCCGCAAACCCGACCUCCCCUACACUCCUGGAUCUGAUGUCGCCGGGGUGGUGGAAGCUGUCGGAGAUGGAGUCCGCUUUCUGAAGGCAGGAGAUCGAGUUUUCACCACCGGCACGGAGACAGGAGGAUACGCCGAAUACAGCGUCGCUUCAGAGGAGACUGUUCACAAACUGCCCGAUUGUCUACAUUAUAAACAAGGAGCCGCUGUGGGAAUCCCGUAUUUCACUGCAUACAGGGCGAUUUUUCACAAGGCGCAUGCUAAAGCAGGAGAGAUCGUCCUGAUUCACGGAGCCAGCGGAGGGGUUGGAGUUGCAGCAUGCCAGCUAGCCCGAGCGUACGGGUUUAGGGUUCUGGGUACAGCUGGUACGGCGGAGGGAAUGAAGCUCGUGCUCAGUAACGGAGCCCACAUGGUUUUUAAUCACAGAGAAAAUGACUACAUGGAUAAAAUCCAGGACGCGACUGAAGGCCGUGGUGUAAACGUGAUCGUCGAGAUGCUCUCCAAUGUGAACCUGAGUAACGACCUGAAACUGUUGGCACCCGGCGGCAGGGUGAUGAUUGUCGGAUGUAGAGGUUCUGUCGAGAUUAACCCGAGAGACACGAUGGCGAAAGAGACAAGUAUCAUCGGCGUGUCUCUGUUCAGUGCCACAAAGAAGGAGACAGCAGAGACGGCCGCAGCACUGUUUGCUGGAAUGGAGGCCGGGUGGCUCAGACCCAUCAUCGGUUCUGAGUACUCCCUCGAUAAUGCUGCUCAAGCCCAUGAGGAGAUCAUCAACAGCUCUGGGGCUUCAGGGAAAAUGAUCCUGAUCAUGUAAACCAUAAUAAAAACCUCCCACUGA